AUGGCAAAAAUCUUAAAAUCUACAGCUGAACAAGUUUUUGAUGCUAUAUUGCAAUUAUUCUAUUAUUUUGUUUAUUCAGUAUUAUACAAAUACUUUUGUUUGGAUGUGCAAAUUCAACAACAACAACAAGAGUUUGGGACAAUUUUUACUUCUCUAAGGCUUCGUCAACUUAUGGAUAAUGUUCAAAAUACUUAUUUUUGUCAAACAAAUGGUGACUUUGUUACAGAUGAGAUUCACCAUUUCCCUGCAUUUCCAAAUAUGAGUCCGGAUUUGAAUAACAACGAAGCCCUAUUUUCUUUAGCUGAACGUUUAAUCGGAGUUGAAUCAGCAACUUUUCUUUCAAAACAAAUGGAACUUCUUCGGCCGACGUUAGAAACGCUAGUUAUUGAUAAGAAAAGAGGGCAAGAUUUGGAAAAUUUUUUCAAUACACUGCCUGCAACUUCUGAUUUGUUAGAAGCAACAUUGGGUUGUGUUGCAGCCAAAUCUUUGCAAUCAGCACAAAUAUUGCAACAAAUAUCUUUAAUUGAUUGGAAUAUAAGUGAAAUACCUUCUGAACAUUCAAAUUAUGUUUACAGCAUUUUAAAAGAGUUUGAGUCCUCUAAAGAAAUUCUUUGUAAAUUAUCUGUGUAUGUACAUAUCAGUGAAGAAGUUAAUUUUAUGAUUUGGUCGAUGAUGUCGAUGUGUACAGUGCGACUUCUUGUACGAGGGUAA